GAAAAAAACAAUAACCAAAUAUUCAUAAAUUAGAAAUUCCGACCCGCUUUUGAUAUCGUCUCUUUAUUAAAUCGGAUCAAACACCUAAAUUGUUCAAACGUUUUUAAUAGUUUAGUAGUCAAUGUUUGUUUAGAUGGCCUCUAUGUGAAAGCGCACAUAGUUUGUAUCAAUUUAUAAAUAUACUAUUGCAGCAAAAGCUAGAUAAUAUCUAGCACAAGAAAAUGAGGUUCAUUGCCCUGGUAUUCCUGGUUGGUGCCCUGGCCAUCAUAGCUGUUGAAUGCAACUCCGAAGGGGAUGCUCUUAAUGCAUUCAAAAUGAACAUGUUAGACCCAAACAAUGCGCUUCAAAGCUGGGACCCGACAUUAGUCAAUCCUUGUACAUGGUUACAUGUCACUUGCAACAUCCAAAAUAGCGUUACAAGAGUGGACCUAGGUGGUGCUAACCUUUCCGGGAUACUGACACCUCAGUUGGGAGUGCUAUACAAUCUUCAAUACUUGCAAGUUGAAAACAAUUCAAUUAGUGGAGCAAUUCCAAGAGAAUUAGGGAACCUUACAAACCUAGUGAGCUUGGGGUUAGAAAACAACAAGCUCAGUGGCACUAUCCCAUCAUCUCUUGGCAAUUUAAAAUCCCUGCGAUGGAUGAGAUUGAAUAGUAAUAGAUUAUCAGGGGAAAUUCCGAUCUCUGUCUUGAAGCUCGUCUUAUGGGGCAAUUUGCAGCUUAUGAAUGUUUCAGACAAUAAACUGGCAGGGACUGUCCCUCUUGCUAACAAAACAGGAUUUGCAAUUACAACAAUUGUCCAAGACAUGAAAGCCUAGAUCAGGUUACUUGUCAAUGUUUGGAAAUAUUGGAUUGGCCUGCCAAGCUGCACUUCUAUAUUAAUGUGUCAAGUCAAGAUAAGAUCUAGAAUUUGUGAUUUUGAAUAAUUAAAAUGUGAUUGGAAUAUUUACUUGAGAAAAUGAUCAAGUACGAUUACUUGUAUUGUACUAUUGAAUUUCCAAAAGGCUUCUAUAGCAUUUUAUGCCUUGCACUUGGACUUCAUUGAUUGGCUCAAGGACUUACCAUUGAGUACAGUUGAUUAUAGUCUCUUUUCCAUUUUAUACCUGCCCUGUUUGAUUUGGACACAAUUUCUGAAAGUUGUGUUAUUAAACAAGAUAUAAUAUUUGAAUGGUUUUAAGACUUUUUCAUUCAAAA